UACCUAUAUUCUCAUUAUAUUCUCAAUUCAAAUUACAUUUCCAUUUUCCACCAUUUCCAUUCCCUAUUGUUUUUACACCUAGUUACUUUAGCGUAAGCAAUUUUAUUUUUAACUCACAGAGCUCUGUUUAGAUAGUUCUCAUUUGAUUUUUAAAGUGUGCGCCGUUUUUAAAUACCGUCGCAUCGAUAAUAUAUAUAGUGUCAAUCAAAAGCCGUGCCAAAUUUAUUUGUUCUAAUAAUAAAUAAAUCCAUUCUUGAACUAAAUUAUAUGGCUCGAGUUCGCCUAGUGAGUAGUAUAAUUAAAAUUAAAACUCAGGUGCUUACUUUUGAUAACGACCAUCAAAUAUUUACAUAAACAAAUUUUAUCAGCGAGUUAAGUUAACUUGUUUUUAUGGUGUAAUAAAAGAAUAAAAUUUCAUUUGAAACACUGCUGCAACACCGUAAUAACAAAAAUGGUGAAGGCAGUUGCAAUUAUUACAGUCAGUGACAGCUGCUUCAAGGAUAAUUCUCAAGACACAUCCGGACCAGCGCUAUUUGAUUUUUUAACAGAAAAAUUUCCAGAGGCCAACAUACAUACAAUAAUUGUACCAGAUGAAAAAGAAAUAAUUGAGCGAGAGCUUAAAUACUUUUGUGAUUCAAAUAUUGAUCUGAUUCUAACAACUGGAGGUACAGGUUUAAGUCCUCGGGAUGUAACUCCGGAAGCAACUAAAGCAAUAAUUCAGAGGGAAGUGCCGGCUAUACCCAUUGCAAUGACAAUAGAAAGUCUUAAGAAGACUCCCAUGGCUAUGUUGUCUAGAGCAGUCGCUGGCAUUAAGGACAGAACGCUUAUAAUUAAUUUUCCAGGAAGUAAAAAAGCUGUCACCGAAUGCAUUGAAGUUGUUAAAGUAGUUUUGUCUCAUGCUAUUUCACUUAUAAACAACGAGCUUAGUGAAGUUAAAACAGUUCAUGACAAAAUGCAAGUGGAUCAUAUUUGUCCACAUAAACGGAACAGUGCAGUGGAUUUAUCAAAAGUUGCAUUAAGACCCCGAGAAUCUCCUUAUCCGAUGAUGGGGAUGCAGGAGGCCUUCAAUACAGUUGAUGCUGUGAUGCUGAAGUGGGUGGAGAGAAUAGAAGUAAUUCCUUUAGAACAGUGUAUGGCCCAUGUUGUAGCUCAGGGCAUAAUCGCUAAGGAGCCAUUUCCUCCAUUUCCAGCAUCUGUUAAAGAUGGUUACGCUUGCCUCAGCUUGGACGGCGCUGGCACGCGCAAGGUGCGGGCCGCUGUAACGGCGGGGGAGACUCCGUUCACGCCUCUCGCUCCCGGCGAAUGCGCCAGAAUCAACACCGGAGCGCCUUUACCCCUAGGCGCUGAUUGCGUUGUACAGGUUGAAGAUACUAAGCUAAUCUUGGCUUCUGAUGAUCAUAAAACUGAAUUGGAAAUUGAGGUUCUUGUGGCACCGCAGCCACACCAGGAUGUACGACCCAUUGGCUUUGACAUCCCUGUUGGCUCUAUGCUGGUCGAAAAAGGUGACGUGAUAGGCGCCGCACAGAUUGGUAUUUUAGCCGGAGCUGGUUACCAGAGUGUCCCUAUAUUAGCUUACCCAAAGGUAGCAAUCAUGUCAACUGGGAACGAAUUACAGGAACCUUCAGACAGUGUCCUACGCCCAUCUCAUAUCAGGGACUCUAAUAGAAUUAUGUUAAAAGCAUUGCUCAAGGAGCACGGGUACGAGAGUAUAGAUUGCGGCAUCGCACGCGACGAGCCGUGUGCGCUCGCGGCGGCCAUCGCCAACGCUCUGCCGCGCACCGACAUACUCAUAUGCACGGGAGGCGUUUCUAUGGGAGACAGAGACUUGCUCAAACCGGUUUUGAUUAAUGAUUUCGGUGCAACGUUGCAUUUUGGACGUGUGUGCAUGAAGCCUGGGAAACCGAGCACUUUUGCCACUUGCGAGUUUGAAGGGAAGACCAAGUUUAUUUUCGCUUUACCUGGUAAUCCAGUGUCGGCCUACGUGUGCUGCCUGCUGUUCGUGGUGCGCGCGCUGCGGCAGUGCACGCGGCGCGCGGCCGACUUCGCGCGCCUGGGCGUGCGCCUCGCGCACGACGUGCACCUCGACGCGCGCCCCGAGUACGCGCGCGCCGUGCUGCACUUCCCUAGCACGCAGGACUUUCCCGUUGCCACGCUGCUGGGGAACCAGUGCAGUAGCCGGUUGCUGAGCGCGUGCGGCGCCAGCGUGCUGCUGGAGCUGCCGGCCGCGUCGCCGCGCGUGCCGCAGCUGCGCGCCGGCGCCACCGUGCCCGCCCUCGUCACCGGCAGGAUCGAUCUCACUAGACUCUAACCUUGUUACUUUACUUGGGUUUUAUAAUUGAAUCGGUCAUUUCAAAAACCGCUCAAGUCACAUAAUUAUAUUUUUUUAAGUACUCAAUAAAUACUCUUUCAUUCAGAAGUAAACGAAUUCCGAAGGAAUUUUGGGCUGAAUUUAGUGAUUGAACUUUAUAAGGAAGGUUUUUAUCCAAGUUUUUACAUCUAUCUUUGAGGAAGCGUUUACAGCA